CGUGACUGCUGUCUCAUGCUGAAUCUUCCUUACGCCUCUACAUACUUUCCUUACUCGCAAAGCCUUCAGCCAGAACUUAGAACUCGAUGACUGUCCUACUGGAAACUCUGUGAAACCUAUAAUCUGAACACUCCGCCGUCGGAUUUGAACAAGAAGCGCAUGUCUCAGAUCAUCCGUGAUCACCCUAUUACUGCUCAGGAAUCCAAUCCUAGCUUUUGUCUAACCUGGAAGUGGACAGACAAGAUGUUUUUCGAAUUGAGGAGUAAUAUUUUGCCACAUGGAAAGGCAUGUCCUGACAAGAUCCAUACUCUACAGGUGAAAAUGACCCGUCGUUCGACAACAUCUCGCGACGGAAACAAAGGACGCUAUUUCGCAAGCGUAGUCAAUAUACUUGCACCAAGACCUCAAGGCCUCAACUCCUCACUACCUGGAGCGUGGGCAAGGCGGUCACCGCAAAUUUCACCGUACCGCCCAUACUUAUCACCUUUCACUACCAUGUAGUGAGUCGAAUCUUCAAAGUGGCUAUCGGCAGAGAGUCAUGUCUGGAGGACCGCGAUUUGACUUGGAAUAGUUUGGCAAACUGCUCCCCAUUCCUCGAGCAAUAGCAAGGUCAAUACAUGGCAUGUAAGGCGUUCUUAGAUGCUCAUUUGGUCUAUGGCGGGCGGUCCACGGGUCGCGUCCUACUCCCAUUGAUUCACC